AUGAGCGACGCCAGCUCCAGUGGAAAUGAGACGGGCGAUGAGAUUGCGGUGGCAAAAGCGCGCGAAGAAACCCAGAAGGAACAGAAGCCAACUCGUGCGGACGGUGUGACGAAGAAGGCAAAAGUGGGGGAGAUGCCACAAUGGACGUUUGAUGAAUAUGACAAUCUGUUGUCCUACUUGUUGCCAUCAUUGCAACUUCUUCAACAGCAGGGUGCACUCCUCGAUCCGCGGACCCGCACCAACCUCGACCUUCAGGGCAAGGUGUCGUUCGCUCUGAGCGCGUGCACAGUGAAGACGUUUGAAGACCGGCUGCGCUCGCGUGCGUAUCCAAACGCGCUCACGGCAAUCGCCGAUGUCCGACGCAUCCUCGCAACCACCCAUCGCUUCACAACCCUGUCGCAGGAUCACCGUGAUUUGCUCCACCGUUUUGGGCGCGUGUUGGACGAUUCCAUCCUCAACAGAGACUUUGACAAGCUGAAGGUGUUCCUGCAGGCCGAGCAGUUGCGUGUGCAAUCGGUCGCACGGAGACGCGCUUCGACCGCUCACCAGACCACCGCCAGCAGCAGCACCAGCAGCACCGGCACCACUAGUGAUCACGCCAGCAUGGCUGUUGGUGGCGGUGGUGGUGACGAUGGCGAUGACGAAGCUGACAGUGACGAAGACGGACGACGCGGUGAUGACAGUGGUGGUGGUGGCGAUGGUGGUGAUGAGAAUGAUGGUGAUGCUAGUGGCACUCGCAAAAAGAGCAGCAGUGGUGGGCGAGCAAAACCUGAAACAGCAGCAGCAACAGCGACUGCAGCGACAGCUUCCACGACGGAGAAGCAGGCGCCUCUUGCAGCUGCAACAACAGCAGCACAAACGACGACAACGACAUUGGGCGGGUGA